UCGAGCUUGCGUGUAUGUGAAAAUUGCUUAAAGAUAAAACCUUCUGCAUUAUUACCCUUAUUUCAUCAGGAUUUUUUAAACGAAUCGUUAAUAUAGAAAACUUUCAAAAUUGUUACAUCAAAUAGGCAAAAGAUAAUCUCGAAUCGAUGAGUUAAAGAUAAUGUCAGAUGAUGUGUAUACACACUUACACAAAAUAUUUGGAAUACCUUGCCGGACGGCGACUAGAGAUGAUCUUAUUGUUUUGUGACAGCGUCGGUUGACAGAUUUUUUCCAAAAUAAUUUGAGUUCCGUGAAAACCAACGAUGGUUUUUAAAGUACUUUAAAUUAUAAAUUAUUGUAAAGUACGUCGAACUUUAGAAUAUCUGUAAAGUGAGAUGUGUGAAAUAUAGUAAUUUUAAUCCAAGCCAAAAAUGUUGAGCAGAAAUGUUUGAAUAAUUAUUAUUUUGACACUUUUAUUGUGACUUGCGGAAAAAAUAAAAUUAAGGGAUAAAGUUACAAAGUUACUUUUUUAAUAUGUAAAGCUAUCAUUCCUUCAAAGCUUUGAAAAAUAUCGUUCGGUGUAAUAAUUAGUAAUUGGAAGAAUUGAGAAAUUUAAUUUAAUCUAAAGCUGGUUUAAAAGCAAUAAAUGUUUAAACCUAAAGUCAUGGAGGAGGAAGACGAUCCUGUAGUUAAAGAGAUUCCUGUAUAUUUGUCAAAAAGACUUGAAGAUAAUCUUUUUAUUUUUCAAUAUCCUUUGAAAAGUGCCCAAGAUGGUUACGAUGAUGCUAUUGUAAAAAAUGCUGCAAUUAAAAUAGAAAAUCAAGAAGUCAAACUUGAUGUAAUGUUAGAUACUACAAGCAUAAAUUAUGAUGAAGAUAAAGCGGAAGAAAUAGCAGAUCUUUCAAAAGAUCAAGAAGAGAAAAUAUUUGAUGUUGAUAAAAUGGAUAAAAUAUCUUUGACUUCUAGUCGAGUGACAUCAAAAUAUGAAAAUUAUGCCAUUGGAGUUUUUCAAAAUAAUGAACUUCAUUUGACUCCUUUGAAGGGAUUUAUUCAGUUAAGACCAGAUUUCAGUUAUCUCGAUGACAUUGGUAAACCACCUAAAAGUUUUGGAAAAAAUGAUGCAGAUGGAAGUGAUGAUGAACUUCUAGAGCAUGAAGUGCAUGCGAAAUUUGCAAGACCAGUUCCAGAUUAUGUUCAGAAAAAAAGAGAACAAUCAUUUGAAACUCAUGCCAAAAAAAGUAUGGAAGAAACAUGGAUUCCUAGCGAAUACAUUUCUAAAAAAACUAAUAAAAAUCAUCAGAUUGAUUUGACUCGUAUGGAAAUGUUCUGUGAAGCAAGUGAUGAUUCUGUUAAUGAUUUUACUUUAACUAAAAAACAGUAUUUAGAUUUAAUAGCCCCACCAAUAAAAAAACCAGAAUAUGCGAAAGCUGAUGUUCCAAGUCCUAUUUCUACCCUUAGUUAUAUAAGAACGCGUCCUUUAAUUGAUCAAGUUCGCUUGUUAAUGAAAGAUGCAAAAAUUAUGUCCUUUGAACAGUUAAAAGCAUUAUUAUCGGCUGAACAUCAAACGACUGCAAUUUUAAGAUAUCUUCAACAAGUAGCUUACCUUGUCCAAGGAAACUGGGUUGUUAAUAGUGAAUUAAUAUAUCCUAAAGAUGCUGUAUCUUCACAUUCUGGUAUACCAGCUGAACUCAUGUGCAGGGCUAGAGAUUAUAUACUUCUCUGUUUCACUGAAAGCGAAUUCGUUGAUAGAAGAGCAGUCUCUUCAGUUGUAAAAAUGCCUGUUGAGGAAGUACGUGAAAUAUUAAAUAACUUGGCAAAACAUGUACCAAAAAAAGGCUGGAAGCUGAUAAUCAAUCCUAGUUUAGAUUUUGUCAAAAAGUAUCCAGAAGUUGCGCAUCGACAAGCCCUUUUUUGGGAAACUAGAGGCAAACAGUUACGUGAAAUAAUAGAAUCGCACCACAACACGCCGCAACGGAAGCGUCGAUGACAAUCGUAUUCUAGGCAGUGGCCUAAAGCAAUGCUGUCUAUUAAAAAAGAAAUCAAAGAAGAAUUCUAAAGAUAAAACCGAAAAAUCGAGAUUGUUUUUCAAGCUAUUAUCAAUUUUAACCUUUAUUAUUUGACAGAAUAAAUAAUAAAGAUGAAGAUUUAGAACAGAUUUUAGGGGUUUUAGCAGGCUAAUGUUAAAAUAAAUAUAUUGUAAUAUUUUUUGUAACAUUUUAAAGGGAUAUUUUUUAAUGCCGCGACUGAAUUGUAAAUUAAUACACUUGAACAUAAAACAAUGCUAAGUUCUCAAAUGUAAUAAUAAUGUAAUUAAUUUUUAUUCAAUAUAAACAACGUAAUAAUUUUAA